AAACAAACACGACACCUAACUAAAACCGUGCUGUUGGUAUAAAUGUUAUAAAUUAUAAUAUUGUCAAUUGUCAUAUACUCAUACUAUACUGCUAUAGAUGCCUUGAUGUGUAUAUUUGGUUUUUAGAUAAUAAUACAAUAAAUAACGAAAAUUUAAGAAAGAAACCGUCGAAGGAACUUGUCGUUAUUUGUAAGCGGCCCUACAUCCUCUGUAGUGGCCUUCAUUAGGCCAAAGUAUGCAGCCGGCCAGAGAUCGAGAAAAAUCCUCCAGCAAUGUGAAACCAAAUUACUCAUUAAAAUUUACAUUGGCUGGUCACACUAAGGCUGUGUCGUCAGUGAAGUUCAGUCCUAAUGGUGAAUGGCUUGCGAGCUCAUCUGCUGAUAAAUUGAUUAAAAUUUGGGGUGCUUAUGAUGGCAAGUUUGAAAAGUCUAUUGCUGGACACAAGUUAGGAAUCAGUGAUGUUAGUUGGUCAUCAGAUAGUCGUCUUUUAGUAUCUGCCUCUGAUGAUAAGACAUUAAAAGUUUGGGAAUUAAGUUCGUCAAAAUGUGUCAAGACACUUAAAGGCCAUAGUAACUAUGUUUUUUGUUGCAAUUUUAAUCCACAAUCAAAUCUGAUAGCUUCUGGAUCUUUUGAUGAAAGUGUACGAAUUUGGGAAGUAAAAAGUGGUAAGUGUCUGAAAACACUUCCUGCCCAUUCUGAUCCAGUUAGUGCUGUUCAUUUUAAUAGAGAUGGAUCCCUUGUGGUUUCUAGUAGUUACGAUGGUUUAUGUCGUAUUUGGGAUACUGCCAGUGGUCAAUGUUUAAAAACACUUAUCGACGAUGACAAUCCACCGGUUUCGUUCGUAAAAUUCUCACCUAAUGGAAAGUACAUCUUAGCAGCUACUCUUGAUAAUACACUUAAAUUAUGGGAUUAUACAAAAGGCAAAUGUUUAAAAACUUAUGUUGGCCAUAAAAAUGAGAAAUACUGUAUAUUUGCAAAUUUUUCUGUGACAGGUGGAAAGUGGAUAGUUUCUGGAUCUGAAGAUAAUAUGGUAUAUAUUUGGAAUUUACAAUCUAAAGAAAUUGUACAGAAAUUACAAGGUCAUACAGAUGUAGUUUUGUGUACUUCAUGUCAUCCAACAGCAAAUAUAAUUGCUUCUGCAGCCUUAGAAAAUGACAAGACAAUAAAACUAUGGAAAAGUGAUACUUAAAGUUUAAUUUAAAACUUGAAUAUUAUUUUGUAUAAUUUGUAUAAAGAAUGGUUAUAUUCUCCUGCCUUUUGACUUUAGUCUUAUUUUCAUUGUAAUCAACUGUAAAAUUACCAACAGUUAAAUCAUUAUUUUUUUUUAUUUUCUUGCUCAAAACUCAAAUAUUGUUUACAAAAAAAGAAAUAUAGAGUUGUAUUACCCUCAAAAAUAAUUUGCACCAUAAUAAAUGGUGUUCAAAAAAUGUGUAUUGUACAAAAUAAUAAAAAUGACUGCUUUAUCAUAGGUAAAAUACUAGAAUUAUAAACGUCAUAGAUAAGAUAUUAGAAUUAUAAAUACUAAAUAAAUGAAAUAUUAAUAGACUUUACUGUAGUAUGUUUUAACUUAAGUUUUUAAAUUUCAUUUCACUUUAAGUUUGUAUGGACUGAGAUAACUAUUUAUUCACUAUCAAUAAUUUUAAAAAUCAAAACUGUCAAUGAAUAUACAAGUAUUAAUUUUAAAAUAUACUAAAUUUAUAUAUUGCAGU